AUGUCAUUGACUGAAGCGGUUAAAGAAGCAGUGUGGUUGAAGGGUCUUAUGAAGGAGUUUGGUUAUGAUCAGAAAAGUGUGGAGAUCUUCUGCGAUUCACAGAGUGCCAUUGCGCUCUCUAAAAACAAUGUGCAUCAUGAAAGGACGAAGCACAUUGACGUGAAGUAUCACUUCAUCCGAGAUGUCAUUGCAGAUGGUGAUGUUGAGGUGUUAAAGAUAUCAACCGAGAAGAAUCCGGCUGAUAUAUUCACCAAGGUGUUGGCUGUGAGCAAGUUUCAGGCGGCGUUGAACUUGCUACAGGAAAUGGCUUGUUCUUCAUGUUAUCUGGUGGAGAUUUGUGAAGAAGAUAACUUGAUGAUCAAGCUCACGUGA